AUGUUUGAGCAGGCAAGCAUCACUCCAAAUGGGAUGCAAAUUGAAGGCGAAAGCUUUGAAUUAAGUCUGCUCAGUUCCUUCGGAAAACGCUGCAUCAUUGGACUUUUUUACCGAUUCAACGGCCCCACAAAUCAGAGCAGUAGCUUCAAUUUCGGCGCUAACGCGCCAGCACCGUCUGGUAAGAAGAAGCAGUUACCAGUGCCGGAUUUGUGGCCCGAUUGGCCGGUACCCGAGAGUUGGGAAGAUCGUGCUGACGACGUUGCUGCACAGGAUGUGCCACCUAAAUUCACUCUGAAAGAUGCUAUGGAAAUCAAGGAUCCGACGAGCAAACAAAAAGGAAAUAAAAAGAACAAACAACGGAGUAAGAAGCCGGGCGAUGUGACAGAGGUCAUAUUAUUAUCCUUGAGCAUGUACUUGUUACCAGAUACUAUCGGAUAA